AUGAUUGAUAAAAUACAUUCCGGUAAAAGUUACCACAUCCAGGGCUUAACAGUCCGUAUCUUUGAUGAUAUCAAAUUUCUCAAUACCAAUGAGGCCACAGUUGUAUCAGAAAUUGACGACCUGGGCGAUGUCAAUUUAAUGUCUCAGGAAAUACAAGAUAACAUCAUCACUGCUCAUUGCAUCGGAGUGAACAUUAAGAAAAGUACCUCCUGUAUUGCCUGUAACAACUCUUUGGAAAACAUCACACCUGAAGAAGAAACUAUAACAUGUCCAAACUGCAAGUUGACAACUUUCAUCACCAUUUCUAAAACAAAACUGGUGUGCCAAAUCCUCUUAAAAAUUGAUGAUAAAAUGACAAGUUACACAACCUUCAAUGAUGAAAUUUCCAGUUUUCUAAGAAUCAUUGGAAAUGAAACACCUGUGAGUGAAAUACCAGUAAUGGAACUCAAAAAGUUACUUUUAAAAGCUGGUCCCAAAAAGAUGAUCAUAGAUAGAUCCCAGAAACUGAUCUUUCAAUAUUUAUGA